ACAAGAAAAUCAUCUGUUGUGCACAAUAGAACUGGGUGAACAAAAUGUUUUCGCACCAUUUUUUAGCGGCCGCUAGGUCCAAACUCAUCCCAAUUGUUUCGGUAUACAAGCGACCCUCGAUAAUAACUUCAAUAAUACUCCGGCGGAAUGUAUCAACAGCCUCACCACUGUACCGGAAAGCGGUAGUAAAACGGGAAGAGCAUUUUUUGAAAAAAGAUAAUAUACCCCCUGGGUUUAGCAUAAUAUAUCGGGCUCCGAUGGAGUAUUAUCUUUCGGCGUGUAAUUUCAUAACAUCUUUCAGCUUCGUCGCGCUGGGAGGUAUCUGUGCAUUUUCAUAUUUAAAAGAUUUCCACCAUAUCGUGGUACCGUUCGAGAUUGAAUACGCAUCGUUGACGGCCAACGAAACGGACUUGCUGUACUUUCUUGGCUUUUUUCUCCUGAUCAACGUCGUUAUUCGUGUCGUCAUCAAUCGCUAUCCGCUGAGAAUUUACCGCAACGAUAAAGAAUAUCUGGCCAUUUUUGAGGGACAGAUUCCUCUGCUCACAAAAGCGCUCCCGUUCAAACGUGGCGAUGUAGUUCCAGUACCUCCGGGAGGCAUUCUGCCGUGGCAGGAGUCCAGAUACAAGGUGAACGAUAAGCCCGUUCUGUUGCUCGAUGAGUACUUCAAAACACCAUCGGAGCUUAAUGUAAUGAUGAUGAACGACAAAAGCAGUGAGGAGUAGUUUAAUAUUUAAUAAAGUUAGUUGAUUGCAAACGUUUUGAAAU